UGAAGGAAGAAGAGGAUCCUGAAGCAGCGACAAGCUCUUUGCAUCUGGCACCUGUCCCAGAGGACUGCUCCCAUAUCAGUGCUGUUCCUAGUGGGACCAUGGAAGGAGAAGAGACAUCACCAAGUCAUCACUCAGAGGAGAGCAGCAUAUUGGACCUCCCCUCUAUCUGUGACCUAGCAGAGGGCUUUCUGUCUCCACACAGCACUGAGAGCAGUGAGGAACUUCUUAAUUUUGUGGAUACUUUUCCCUCCCCACUCACAGGAGAGAGCAAUCUACCCUCUACAGUUUCUGCAGACUUUUCUGCUGGAGGCUCUGAGAAAGCAAAUGUGAGAUGUUAUCCAGAAGCCAGGAUGUGUGAGCACACUGAACCUGCUGAUGCUGCUCUCUCAAGUAUGUAUGAACACAGUAAUAUGGAAGAUGCAAGCAUCAGGAAAUCUCUUGAUAGCUUUUACAAAACAUAUUGCAAGAAACAGCCAGGCAGCACGGAUCCCACCUAUGAGGCUGCAUCUCAAUGUCUUUUGAAGAAGAUUUCAGAGCUAGCAGACCGGGAUGGUACCAAAUAUGCAUUGCGUUGCCUGCAGAUGGCCCAGCUGGUCUUGAACAGAGACGGAUGUAAGAUCUUUCCAAACCACCCCACUACUGCAUGUUUUUCCAAGCCAGCUGAGGGACAAGUCAUGCUAGAGGACAGAAAGAGAACACCUGGACUAUCAGAUGACAUCCUGCAAUUCCUCUUCAAACAAACACAGAUAGAAUGUAGCCCUGAUGUACUGCAUGAGAAGUGAUCAAAAUGCUGGAUUGUUUGUGUCA